CUGUAUUUGUAUUUUGCACAUGCGCAUAUAUCAAUUGUGUGAAACGUCAAUAAAACGUUAUAGUUAUAUAAGUAGUAAGAGGUUAUAUUUGUAGAAAAAUUAUACAAGAACUUAAUAAUAAAAAAUAUGAAAACAAUGAAAUCAAGUAUUCUUCGACUGAGUACUAUGGCUACUAUAGCAGCUAGUGCUUGGUAUGUGGGGAAAUAUUCUGAACAGAAGCAACAUUUGAAUGUAGAAAAAAGAGACAGUGGAACUAUAAUUUUCUCAAAUGUAAACAUCAAAGAAAUGCCUGGUUUACCUUUAUUUGGAACUGUUUCUGCAGCAGUUCCUGUAGAAUCUACGAAAGAUAUGGGUUCAUCUUUAUCAUCAAGAGUGUCUGAAAUUAUGAAAUAUGGUUUUCCUGGGUUAGAUCAUGUUAGAUCAUAUGAAGACUUUGUUCUUUCUUAUGAUAGAAGAAAUAGGGUAGCUCAUUGGGUUUUUGAACAUUUAACUCAAGAUAAAUUACAAUCGAGUGAAAAAGUAUCACGUAGUAAGUGUGAAUUCAAAUCUGAUACAAGUAUACAUCCCUUUUUUAGAUCAGAAAAUAGUGAUUACAAAAACAGUGGAUACGAUCGCGGACAUUUAGCAGCAGCUGGAAAUCACAAAUGUAAUCAAAAACAUAUAGAACAAACAUUUUUUCUAACAAAUAUGGCACCACAAGUAGGUACAGGUUUCAAUAGAGAUUCUUGGAACAGAUUGGAAAUAUAUGUUAGACAUCUAACUAAAGUUUAUAAGGAUGUGUAUGUUUGCACUGGUCCUUUGUAUUUACCAAAAAUAGAAACUAAUGGAAAGAAAUAUGUUCGAUAUGAAGUUAUUGGUGCAAAUCAUGUAGCAGUACCUACUCACUUUUAUAAAAUAGUUGUUGGUGAAACACAUGACUCAAAAUUAGAAAUGGAAGCAUUUGUAAUGCCAAAUACUCCCAUAGAUGACAAUGCACCUCUAACAAACUUUCAGGUACCACCAGAAAGUGUAGAACGUGCUGCAGGACUUUUAUUUUUUGAUAAAAUUUCACGUGAUAAAUUAAAUAAAAUAAAUGGAAAGAAAGUAUAG